AGGACAAGUGUGUUUAUUGGCAACAGUUACAGAACAGUGCUUGAUCAUGAAAUUAUUUGUUUGUGUUUUAAUCGUUGCCAUCAUUAGUGUGAAUGCUGGAGGAGGUGGGCAUGGAGAAAGCCAUGCUGGUGCCAGCGUUGGUGUAGGUGCUCAUGCAGGUGGAGGCGCUCAUGGAGGUGGUCAUGGUGGUGCCGGAGGACAUAGUGGAGGUGUCGGUGGUGGUCAUGGGGGUCGUCAUGGGGGUGGUCAUGGAGGUGGUCAUGGUGGUGGUCAUGGAGGAGCUGGCCUUGGAGCAGGUGUCGGUGGCGCUCAUGGAGGUGGUCUUGGUGGCGGAGCUCAUGGUCAUGGUGGUGCCGGACUUGCUGGAGCUAUCGGUGGUGCUCAUGGUGGGGCUGGCUUAGGUGGUGGUGUUGGAGGUGGUCAUGGUGGGGCUGGUCUUGGUGGAGGUGCCGGUGGUGCUUAUGGUGGCGCUGGUUUAGAAGGUGGAGUUGGAGGUAGUCAUGGUGGGGCCGGUAUUGGUGGCGCUCAUGGAGGUGGUGUUGCUGGUGGAGCUCUUGGUCAUGAAGGGGCCGGUAUUGGUGGAGGUAUCGGUGGAGCUCAUGGUGGGGCUGGCUUAGGAGGUGGAGUUGGAGGUAGUCAUGGUGGCGCUGGCCUUGGUGCAGUUGUCGGUGGCGCUCAUGGCGGUGGUAUUGGUGGUGGCUUAGGUGGGGUAGCUCAUGGUGGAGCUGAUGCCUCUGCCACUGCUAAUGCAGCAGCUUCUGCCAUUGGCAGUGCAAAAGCAAGUGCUUCGGCAAAUGCUGCUGCCGGUGCUCAUGGUCAUUAUUAAUGUUAAAUAGUAAACAAACGAUAUUCAUUUGAAUAACUGCAUAAAAGCCACUUAAAAAAGUAUAUACAUAAAUAAAUAAAAUUCAAAUUAUUAUUUAAUUUGUGUUUUAUAAA